AUGCCGUUCAAGAUGGAUAGGUCCUAUCGUAAAUCAAAUGAUUUGACCCGAAUGCGGUAAUCGUUAAGUUCCAUGGCAUGCCCGAGUGUUCUGAGUUAUCGCGCGCUAGGGCGGGGUCAAAGUGGUGUCCAAAAACCAAAAUAGAAUACAAAAAAAAGAACGGGGACAAUGCCAAUGUAUGAAACACUUUUGAGUGAAAUCUAUUCAUUUGCUAAAAAUUUUUCUUCUAACGGUAUGUGACAUUAGGAGCUAUGGUUGUUUUUUGCAAACCAUACGUAUGUUUUAGAAAACUUACCCCACCAACCAUGAUGUCGUGCGAAUCCUUUGAAGACGUAGUGCCUUUUGAGGCGCUCUGUCUACCAAGUGACCAGCUUUCAUCUAACGAUGAAGUUAGCGUUGGAAGCGAGUUGUCUCUGGAGACUCAUGUCUCAUCUACCAACCUCUCUUUGGUGAAUGGAAUGGAGCUUCAACUGAGUCGAACAUGCAGGCUUCAGAAGAAUUGA